CCUCAGCCCCAUUUCCGUCAUUUGAGUUCAGCACCUUCCUCUCCCCACACUCCCUCUCUCUCUCUCCUUCACAGCUCUCCACCAUCACCAUUCACUUCACACAAACUCUCCCACUAUCUCUCUCUCUCUUCUUCUUCUUCUUCUCUGCUAACACUGCACUAUACUACUGCGACCUGUAAUGGGUUCUCGAAUCCCAUCUCACCAGCUCAGCAACGGGCUGGUGGUGUCGGGUCCACCCGAGCAGUUCAAGGAGCGGCCGACAAUGGGCUCACGCGCCAUGCCUUACACCGGCGGUGACGUCAAGAAAUCCGGGGAGCUCGGGAAAAUGUUCGACAUCCAAAUCGGGGACCACCCACCUCCGUUGAAGCCCUCCCGUCAUUCCUCUUCCUCGCAGCACAACAGCGGAUCGGUCCGAUCAGGACCCAAUUCGGGUCAGAUAUCCAAGAAAUCGUCCGGGCCCAUGACGCCGCAGCUUCAGCCUACUGGGCUCAUCACCUCCGGCCAAUUGGGCUCGGGCCCGCUCCCCAGCGGGCCCAGGAGGUCGUCGGGACAGCUGGAGCAGACGGCGUCCAUGAACAACAAGAAGGUGGUGUACGGGUCGGCGGUGACGGCGCUGAGCGAUGACGUCAAGGUGAAUUUUCGGGUUUCGAAGGCGGUGGUGUGGGUGUUCAUGGUGGUGGUGGCGAUGGGUUUGCUGGUGGGAGGGUUUCUGAUGGUGGCGGUGAAGAAGUGGGUGAUAUUGGUGGCGGUGGCGCUGGUUUUGGUGCCGGUGGGGGUGGUGAUUGUCUGGAAUUACGUGUGGGGGAAGCGAGGGUUGCUAGGUUUUGUGAGGAGUUACCCUGAUGCUGAGCUCAGAGGAGCCAUAGAUGGGCAGUUCGUCAAGGUUACUGGGGUUGUUACCUGUGGCAGCAUUCCUUUGGAAUCAUCCUACCAAAGGGUACCUAGGUGUGUAUAUGUUUCCACAGAAUUAUGUGAAACUCAAGGAUGCGGUAGCAAGUCCACAAAUAAAAAAUCUAAUCAUUCAGAGAAAUAUGUGGCUGAUUUCUACAUAUCGGACUUCCAAUCUGGGCUAAGAGCAUUAGUGAAGGCGGGAUAUGGGGCCAAGGUUGCGCCAUUUGUUAAACCAGCCACUAUCGUGGAUGUGACUAAAGAAAACAGAGACCUAUCUCCUAGUUUUUUACGCUGGCUCGCUGAGCGCAACCUCUCUAGUGAUGACCGUAUAAUGCGCCUUAAAGAAGGGUAUAUUAAAGAAGGAAGUACUGUAAGUGUGAUGGGGGUUGUCCGACGCCAUGACAAUGUUGUCAUGAUUGUUCCUCCAGUGCAGCCUGUCUCGACAGGCUUUCAAUGGUUACGCUGCCUUCUCCCAACGUAUGUUGAAGGUCUCGUUCUGACAUGUGAUGAUACUCAGGAUGCUGAUGUGGUUCCUGUGUAGAUACAGUUCCAUCAUAGUUUUGUUUGGAAGUGGAUUUUGCAAGUAAAAUUUGAAGGGUGUACUGUGGGAAAAGCACGUACCACCACAAGCGCUGAGGUACAUAUGUAAUUUUCGCCUAAAGUUGCAGGGCAGAAAGACUGAGGAUCACGUACUAAUCAAGGUUAGCACACUCACGACACUCGGGGAUCAGUAUGCUGUAAAUUGUGAAGCUGGUAAUGCUAUGCUUAAUGGCGAAGUGAUCUAUAUCUACUACUACCCUCAAAAGAAGUUCCCACGCCCUAGAUGAUGUAAUGUACAUAAGUCAUACUCUUAGCGUGCCCAAAGGGGUUCGGAAACAGUUUGUUUCUUCUGAUGCUCAAAUUUAGCACAAAAAGUAGAGUGAAGUUUCUGUGGUUUUCUUUUUCAUUUUAAGUAUCUGGAAUCUUAUUGGGUAAUCUGUAUUGUUUGUAGCCAUGUGAUUAAUGUUAAUAUUAUUGUAAGCAAUAAGCAUGGCAUGUAUCCUACUGCUUCCUGUCUAA